AUGGUUUGUAGUACCUGGUGGAAGGUGUGUCAUGAUCCUGCUAUGUGGCGUGUUGUUCACUUGAAAUUUGAACCUGAUAGUAAUUGGAAUUGUUUGUUGGAGAAGAUAUGUCGGAUUGCUGUGGAUCGUAGCCAGGGCCAGUUACUCAGAAUAAGCAUUGAGAAUUGUGGUAGCAAAGAAUUGCUCGUUUACAUUGCUGAGAGAUCAAGUCAGCCCAGACAUCUCUGUCUUGUCAAGUGUGGUAACGUUGCUGGAAGUUUGACUGCAGCUGCCAAGAACUUCCCAUUGUUGGAGGAGUUGCACACUCACUUGACCUUAAUUACUGAAGAGGAUAUAGAAAGUGUGGGUCAUUAUUGCCCUCUGCUGAAGUCAUUUACAUUGAAUGCCAGUAGAUGUACUACAAUUGUAUAUUCACUAUCUCCCGAUGAUGGUCAAGCGUUAGCUAUUGCUAGAAGUAUGCCUGAAUUGAGGCAACUUGCACUAAUUGACAAAUGUUGGACUUCAAGCCAUUUUUGA